AUGCAGAGCUGCGCAACUGAUGUGACCGCCACCACCCAGGCGACAGGACAUGCUGUUGGGGAGGACGACAAGAAGAAGACCUGGUCCCAGAGGCUCAACCCGCUGAAGUGGGGCGCCAUACCGCCUGUGCCCGAGGAGAGGGAGGUGUCACACGAAUACCAGGCCAGCUUUUUCAGCAAGCUCUUCUUCACGUGGCAAGGGCCGCUCAUGCGCACCGGCUACAGGCGGCCCCUGCAGCAGAACGACGUCUGGAAGGUGAACCCGGACCGCACUGUGCAGAAGAUGACCGAUGCGGUCGAGGCAGCCUUCCACAGACGCGUCGCCAAGGGCCAAAAGCACGCGCUCGUCAGGGCCAUCAACGAGGUUUUUUUCAAAGAGUUCUGGUUGGGCGGUUUAUGUCAGCUCUUGGCCACCCUGUUCCAGGUCUUUGCGCCUUUUACGCUGCGGUACCUGAUCGCCUAUGCGACCGAGGCCUACGAGGCCGCGGCAACGGGGUCACCACAGCCCAAUAUUGGCAAGGGCAUUGGCUUGGUCUUUGGCGUCACCUUCAUGCAGAUCUGCCAGACCCUUUGCACCAACCACUUCAUCUAUAGGGGCAUGUUGGUGGGCGGUCAGGCCAGAGCGGCCCUCAUCAGCCUGAUCUACGCAAAGUCCAUGGUUGUUUCGGGGCGGGCUAGGGCAGGAGGACUGGCCUUGGCCGACAGCCCUGGGAACGCGACGAACGGCACAGAGGAAGGGGAAGCAACAGCCCAGGACAAGGCGGGAAAGAAGAGCAAGAAGAGCAAGAAGGGUGAGAAAGGUGGACCACCAGGCAAGGCUGGGGUCAUGGGCGAUGGCAUCGGCUGGGGCAAUGGUCGUGUCGUCAGCCUGAUGAGCGUCGACACCUACCGUGUCGACCAGGCCUGCGGUCUCUUCCACAUGGUCUGGACGGCUCCGAUCUCGUGUGUCAUCACCCUGGUUUUGUUGCUCAUCAACCUAUCCUACAGUGCCCUCUCCGGCUUCGCUCUUCUGGUUAUCGGACUGCCGCUUCUCACCAAGUCUAUCAAGAGUCUGUUCCGCCGUCGACAGGGUAUCAACAAGAUCACUGAUCAACGCGUCAGCCUGACCCAGGAGAUCCUUCAAGCGGUCCGCUUCGUCAAGUAUUUCGGCUGGGAGAGCUCGUUCCUCAACCGCCUGAGCGAACUACGCGGCAAGGAGAUCGGCAUGAUCCAGAGGCUCAUGGCGAUCCGGAACGGCAUCAUGGCCGUGUCCAUCUCGCUGCCCAUUUUUGCAUCCAUGCUCUCCUUCAUCACCUUCACCCUGUCGCACCACGGCCUGGAGGCAUCCACUGUGUUCUCGUCUCUAGCCCUGUUCAACGGCCUGCGGGUGCCUCUGAACUUACUGCCCCUGGUUAUUGGACAGGUCACGGAUGCGUGGAAUUCCCUGAAGCGCAUCCAGGAGUACCUGCUUCUCGAGGAGCAGACAGAUGAGGCUACAUUUGACCCCGAGGCUGUCGACGCUGUCGAGCUACGGCAUGCUUCAUUCACAUGGGAGAGAACACCGACACAGGAUCUAGACAAGAUCUCUGCGAUGGCCGGGCCAGGAGGAAAGAAGAACGGAGACAAGAAGGCCGAGAAGAAGGCUGCCAAGGCCAAGAACGCCACAGCGCCGGAUGAACAGGGAAGCGUGGAUGGAGAUGGCGAGAAAGUCAUCGAGGACCGCGAGCCUUUCAAAUUGAAGGAUCUCAACUUUGGCAUCGGGAGGAACGAGCUCGUGGCUGUCAUCGGCACAGUCGGCAGUGGCAAGACUUCGCUUCUCGCUGCCCUUGCAGGCGAUAUGCGCAGGACGAAUGGAGAAGCCGUCUUGGGCGCCUCGAGGGCCUUUUGUCCCCAAUCGGCUUGGAUUCAGAACUCUACAGUCAAGGAGAACAUCUUGUUCGGCAAACCCAUGGACCGCUCGUGGUAUAAGCAGGUCAUCAAAGCGUGCGCCCUCCAACCUGAUCUUGACAUGCUGCCCAGUGGCGACGCUACCGAGAUAGGUGAGAGAGGUAUCACGAUCUCUGGUGGUCAGAAGCAGAGACUCAAUAUUGCACGUGCUAUCUACUUUGACGCCGAUAUCAUUCUCAUGGACGACCCUCUCAGCGCCGUGGACGCCCAUGUCGGUCGGCACAUCUUCGACAACGCAAUCCUGGGCCUGCUCAAAGACAAGUGUCGGAUCCUCGCCACUCAUCAGCUGUGGGUCCUGAAUCGGUGUGAUCGCAUCAUCUGGAUGGACCAGGGCAAGAUCCAGGCCAUCGACACCUUUGACAAUCUGAUGAGGGACAACACUGGGUUUCAACAGCUUAUGGAGUCGACUGCCGUCGAGGAGAAGAGGGAGGAGGGCGAGGGAAUAACCCAGGCUGUCGACGCCAAUGACACCAAGGGCAAGAAAAAGAAGAAAGCCAAGGGUCUCAUGCAGAGCGAGGAGCGUGCCGUCUCUACCGUUCCGUGGUCUGUCUACCUUGACUUUUUACGGGCAUCCGGAAGUGUUCUCAACGGACCGCUCGUCCUCGGGGUCCUCGUGAUCGCGCAGGCAUCCAACGUCAUCAGCGGCUUGUGGCUCUCCUGGUGGACCUCGAACAAGUACGACCUCAGCAUGGGAACAUAUAUUGGCAUCUAUGCCGGCCUGGGUGCCUGCCAGGCAACCCUCAUGUUUUCCUUCAUGGUCUCCCUCACCGUGGUGGGCACCCGCGCCUCUAAGACUAUGCUACGCCUGGCCAUCACGCGAGCCCUGCGCGCCCCCAUGUCCUUUUUCGACACAACACCCCUGGGCCGCAUCACAAACCGCUUCUCGAGAGACGUCGAUGUCAUGGACAACUCCUUGUCGGAUGCUAUGCGCAUGUACUUCUUCUCUGUUUCGGGCAUCCUGUCCACCUUUGCCCUUAUCAUUGCGUUCUUCCAUUAUUUUGCCAUCGCCCUGGUUCCGAUGUUUUUCUUGUUCCUCUUUGCGACGUCUUUCUAUCGUGCCUCUGCGCGCGAGAUCAAGCGGUUUGAAGCUGUUCUUCGGUCAAACGUGUUUGCCAGGUUUGGCGAAGGCCUCAGCGGUGUGGCGACCAUCCGUGCAUAUGGCCUCAAGGAUCGCUUCAUCGAGGAACUUCGUGUUGCCAUCGACGAGAUGAACGCAGCUUACUAUCUCACCUUCAGCAACCAGCGGUGGCUGUCAGUGCGGCUUGAUGCUGUCGGCAACGCCUUGGUAUUUACCACAGGCAUCCUCGUGGUCACGUCUCGGUUCAGCGUAGCCCCCUCGAUCGGCGGUCUCGUGCUUAGCUACAUCCUGGCCACCGUGCAGAUGAUCCAGUUCACAGUGCGACAGCUCGCUGAGGUCGAGAACGGCAUGAACUCUGUGGAGCGGCUGCGGUACUACGGCACGCAGCUCGAAGAGGAGGCGCCGCUGCACACGAUCGAGGUGCGGCCGACGUGGCCCGAGAAGGGUGAGAUCGUCUUCGAUAAUGUCGAGAUGCGCUACCGCGACGGCCUGCCCCUGGUCCUUAAGGGGCUGGACAUGCACGUACGCGGAGGAGAACGCAUCGGAAUUGUCGGCAGGACGGGCGCCGGCAAGUCGAGCAUCAUGUCGACGCUGUUCCGCCUCGUGGAGAUCAGCGCCGGCCACAUCACGAUCGACGGCGUCGACAUCUCGACCGUCGGGCUCAACGACCUGCGCAAGAGGCUCGCCAUCAUCCCUCAGGACCCUACCCUCUUCCGCGGCACGGUGCGGAGCAACCUGGACCCAUUCCACGAGCACACCGACCUCGCGCUGUGGUCCGCGCUCCGCCAGGCCGACCUGGUGCCCAAGGAUGCAGAGCUAAGCGGCGCCUCCAACACGGGCCGUGAUCCGAGUCGCAUCCACCUCGACACCGUGGUCGAGGAGGAUGGACUCAACUUCUCCCUGGGCCAGCGGCAGCUCAUGGCGCUGGCCCGGGCCCUCGUCCGCGGCAGCCAGAUCAUCGUGUGCGACGAGGCCACCUCCAGCGUCGACAUGGACACCGACGACAAGAUUCAGGCCACCAUCGCGAGCGGGUCCCGCGGCAAGACGCUUCUGUGCAUUGCACACAGGCUGCGCACCAUCAUCGGGUACGACCGCAUCUGUGUUAUGGACCAGGGCCGUAUUGCUGAGCUAGACUCGCCGCUUGCCUUGUGGAAGAUGGAGGGGGGCAUCUUCCGGGGGAUGUGCGAGAGGAGCGGGAUCCGGAUGGAGGAUAUCAGUGGUGCGAGGGAGGAUCUUAAAUUAGCAGAGGGUGAGAAUGGGGAGAGUGCUGGGACUGAUGAUGUGGUCGAUGAGAAGAAGGACGAGUGA